GUCAUCUAGCUCACUAAAAGCUUAUGGAGCCCAGCAAACUUAACGACUACAUUGAACCAGGUUGCACGGCAGGUUACGGAAAAUAUAACGUUGGUCCAGCUAAAUCAUGUAACAUGUUGCUUGUUGGUCGGAGUCAAACUGGCAAAAGCACACUCGUAAAGACCUUGCUCGAUCCCCAAUUAGGAACAACAAAAACGGGCUUUUCGGAUACAAGAGAACCCGAAUUGUACACCCUCCUUUUGACUAACAAGGAAACCCACGAGAUUUGCCACCUAAACAUCAUUGACACUCCGGGUCUUAAGGAGGUCCGCGAGGAUGGGGACAGUCGUACCGAUUCCGAGUUAUUGAAGCUUGCUACUAAAUGCGUCCAGGAAAAUAUCACAACGCUCAAUGUCGUGUGUUUUGUUUCCCGAGCGGGUGAGACUCAUUUACAGGAUACCGAAGUAUUUGAGGAAGUGAAAAAGUGUCUAGGGGACAAAUACGCCCGAAUAUCAAUGAUGCUCUUAACCCAUUGCGACGACUAUAAAGACUCACGUCUGGAUCAGUUCGAGGAUACCAUCAAAAGUCACCCGAAAAGCAAAAAGUAUUACGAUUACUGUCAGCUCGGACUCUAUCGAUACGGCGCUAUCGAUUUGACCAAGCUGGAACCGUACGACCAGGAGACAGCCUCGAUGAUAGUCAUGUCGAAGCUAAAACGAAACGAGGUGAUGCGCGAAAAGUUUUUGUCCAAGAUAUUGUCGUGCACCGACACGGUGCUAAAAGUGGAGGAGCUGCAAGGGGUGUAUGACACUGCUCAAAUUGAACGCGAUAGAGUGAUCGCUGAGGCUAUGCAGCUUAGUCAUUACAUACAGGAUACUGGAAGUUCCAAAAAGGUUUCAUGUGUUAUUCAGUAA